AUGGCGCUUACUGGCUCCAUGCAGAGGAACCGCCCCAUACAACCAUCCCUCGCUCUACCAUCCCUGCGCUCUCCCUCCUCCCUAUCCCUCUGCCUGGCCCUGCUUCUUGCUCUUCCUUUGGAGUCCGUCAGAGCGGAUCUCGCGCGCUUUCAAGACCUUUUCCACACUCCGUUCCGUCCGCAGGACUCUCGUCACUUCCAGGUCGACGAGUCUUCCACUUUCACGGCCAACCCUGAUCUGCGAUUUGUGUUGAGCUAUGCUGACGGGUCGGAGCUGCGAGGUUUUGGGGGCGACGACGUUGUGCAUGUCGGUGACUUCCAUGGACUGGCUCCGUUCGGCUUGCUGUAUCAGUGUAACAGCCCGGACUUUAACGGGGUAGAUGGUAUCUUGGGGUUCGGGCUCCCGAAGCCUGGGACACAAGGGAACGAGUUGCCGCGGCCUCUGCUGUGGGCGCUGACAGACAAGAUCAAGCACGACUCGAACGCUCAAGCUCUUCAGCGCAAGUUCUCCUUCUACUCCACGGAUGAUGCUGCCGAGCUGCAGUUGGGCGGCUACGAUCCCAAGAGCUGCGAGGAUGUGAUGCAUUACACGCCGUCGCUGUCAAAGACUGACUACAUCGUUGGAGUCACUUCCGUCAAGUUCGGACGAAGCGCACAUGAUGCUCGUGAGCUGCUUCAGUUCUCAAACCCGACAGGAGGCGAGUAUCUUCCUGCCAUCAUGGACUCGGGGACCUCGUGCCUGGUGCUGCCGGGGAGUCACCUGAACGGGAGGCUGGCGAACGAUCCCUUCUCCGACUUCCAGAGCAUGUGGUCGCUGGACAACUCUUUCUUCAUCUCGAUAGGAGGACGAAGUUUUGAGAUCCCCUCUUCCUCGUGGUUCCUGGCGAGAACCAACCAAACCUGUGUGCAGCCUUCUCCCAACGGGAUGAUCGGCCUGCUGAUUGGAGACGUCUUCUUCCGGUCUUACCUUGUCGAAUUUGACAUGACCGAUCAGGAGAGGCCUGUGAUCGGCAUCGCGAAGCUGAGCUACAUGGUGUCGCCGGUCAAGACUGCUGACCUGGAUUACUACCACCUCCCCAGGGUUCCGGUGCAGAAGCUCCGCCUGCUCAAGGGCGAGGAGACUAUGUAUCCGUCAGAGCACACGGAGCGGCUGAGGGAAGUGGACAGGAUCCCCAUAUCGGACAAGAAGGGCACGCAGUACUUCAUGAACCUUGCCAUCGGGACGCCGCCGCAGCCGUUCACAGUCAUCUUCGACACCGGGUCAGCGGUGUUCGGGGUGUUCACGGAGCAGUCGGAGUUGCCGCUGUCCAUCUCCUCGAAGCUCAUGGGAGGAGCGUCGCUGCACGUGGAGGCAGAUGCGAUGAGCUCGCUCAUGGUGUGGCCCAAGGAGGACAGCAGCGGGGAGACGCUCAUGGUGAAGGGAUCGAAGUCUGCGGUGCUGGAGGGGAUGCGACGGAGGGGACAAGCCAGCGCGCUGCUACUGGCGGGGCUAGAUCUCUCAGCGAGGAGGGCAGGAGCAGGAGCAGGAGCAGGAGUCAGAGGCUCUUCCAACGGGAUCGUCGGGGUGGCGGCGGUGAUUCUUUCUCUUAUUGUUUCUGUUAGUUUGCUCGUGGCUGCAAGGAGGCGGCGGGCGACUCAAUCAGCGCGACAUGCGUACGUGAUGCUGGAUGUCUCGCACGCGACGUGGCUGAAUGGCGGGGAGGCGACCAGGACAGACUCGCAUGCUUGA